UUCCCGCCUCGCGCUUCCAGCCAAUGAGGGGCGGCGUUGUGGUUGCUAAGGAGAGCGGUUGGGUUGCCAUGGGAAGCUUGGCGGCGGUUUGAGGCAGCGUCUGCGAUGUGCGCAUGGCGUGAAGAGGCAGAGAGCGGAUUAAGUGGCGAGGAGAGUCGCAGGAAGCGGUGGGUUAAAGCAUUUGAGGCAUGUGAUGAAGACCACAAAGGAUAUUUAAACAGAGAGGACUACAAGGUGGCUGUAGUGAUGCUGUUUGGCUAUAAGCCCUCAAAGGAAAUGGCAGUGAAUGUUGGCCUUACCUCCAUUGUGGAAGUGGAUUCAGUCAUGGCUUCUGUGAAGCAAAAUCAAUCUGGUGUAUCACUUGAAGAAUUUCUAAAUCUUAUGAGUACAAAGAAGGCUGCACAUUUUUACCAAAGCGAAGUAAGGCAGCUAUUCACUGCUUUUGACAGGCAAUGUAGAGGAUAUUUGUCUUUAGAAGAUUUCAGAAAAGCUUUCAGUGUUGUGGCCCCAAAGCUGCCAGAGAGGACUGUAGUUGAAGCAUUCAGAAUAUUCUGAAGAGGACACAUGCCAUCAAAGUUUUACCAGUUUGUACACUAAAUCUUUAUAAUGCGGAGCACCAAAAUAAACAUGCAUUAAUAGAUCAGUUGAACCAUUUGGUGGUGCUAAAUAGCCUUUUCUAGGCAAGUAAUAAAAGACAAACUAUAAUAUAUGCAUUUGAUAUUGUUUAAUGGAAAUCAGAAUUGUCUUCCAUCUUGCACAGUAUGGUUUUUCAAUGUAACUUUUCAAGAUGUUCAUAUUAACCAAUGUUGUUGAAAUCUGUGUAAUAUAUUCAAUUUAUUAUGGUCAACAUACUAGAAAUAAUAAAAAUAAAACUGUACAGUGCAUCAUUAUUUUAAGUACAGAGUAAUAUAUAAAACAAGAUAUAAAAAAUGACUUUGGCUCAGGGAUGCUUAUAUAGAAGAUAACAUAUGAGUUAAGUAGCUCUCCCUCCCCAGUGAUCAUUCCGACUUGAGAUAGGUAAAAUCUGUUAUACACAUGUAACCGUUUGUCAUAGGUGAGUUUGAGGUUACUGUUAAGCUCAUUAUUUGAUCUAGUGUCUAGACUGUAGAAAAUACAUUAUUAUUAUAGCAGUGAAUACAUAUCAGUUUCCUUUUAUGCUGUCUGUUAUCUUAAGUCUGAAACGCACAUCAGGCACUUCAUGUGGGCUAAAUCUGCAAAAGUGUUACGUUGAACUGAUAUUAAUUUCCCUCCCUCUUGUUCCUGAAUUCCAACAGUCAGCCAAGCCUAGCAAACAUACUAGGGCUGGAUCUAGACACAUCAAAGAAACAAUUCAGUUAAACGCAUUGUAAACUUCAUAUAGGGAAAUCCUGUUGGCGAAAAAUGGGACUCCACAGUGCCAUCUGGUGUCACAGUGUUAUAAUGUCUAUAAAGCAGUUUAUCUUUACGCUGCAUAGUAUUGGAGCUAUACAAGUACUGGCAGUGCUACUCUUGUCCUGCCUGGAGCCUCUUUGCCUAGGGUAGGUGCAUGGCUACCAUGUCAAUAUUAAGUGUUCCUGGUAUUUUGCUGGCUACUUCAGCUUUCUGGGGUGGUGGACAGAAAGGGAAGGGAAAGCAAUUUGUUGGUUGCUAAUGUAUAGACUAACUUGAUGCCUUAAUAACAUGGAACAAGUGGCAGUUUUUGUUUGGUAGCAUAGACUUCAACACUUUCCUUUUGUUAGCUCAGGUUUAAAUUGAUGUAGCAGGUCAGAAAAAAUGAUAUGGCAAUAAAUCACUGUAUUUCAGCAAAAUGUAUUGUGUUUAUGCUAUAAUUCAAAAUGGGCAUCUCCUCUACAAGUUGUCAUUCAGAGACCAGUUAACAGAAAGGCUUGCAUAUUUUGUUGUGAAGUGCUCGUUUUAUAAGUGUGAACCCAUAAAAAUAAAAAUGGAAAGGAUGAGAAGAAGCACAGGCCAAAAAGGGAGGAAAGUUUCACACCUUCUAUUACCCUAUCAACCUGGGAAAGGAGUCCAUCUAGGACAGUGGUGGCGAACCUAUGGCAUGUGUGCCAGAGGCAGCACUCUCUGUGGCCACGUGCGCAGCCGCCAAAGCACGGCCGUUGCUGGGUUUUGGCAAAGUGGGCGGCUGCACCCCCCAUGCUGUUGCGUGUGGGAAACGCUCCAUAGAGUGUGUGCCUCCUGCAGCAGCGUCAAGGGGAGUUGUGUGCCUGCCAACCAGCUAGCACGGAAGGGGGGGAGGGGAGCGGGAAAACAACAGGUGUUUGGGUGAAAGAGAGAGAGAGCAUGCACAGGAAGGGACACGUGUGCAACUUGCUCACCACACUUCCUGUCCCGGGCUGGGAGGGAGGAGCGGCGCCCCUGGUCUAGGUGGAUGCCGCUCUCCGCCUCCUCGGGGCUCCUGAAAGACAUGGGCAGGAAAUUCUCUGCAGCGAUAGUGCGUGUGAUUGGUGGCUGUGACAAGGGCUGUUUUCAAUUUGUUGUCGUUGCGGUGGAGACGAUUGGUGUAAGCCGGUAAUGCUGGUGAGCUGUUUUCUGCAAUCCCUCCCCCAAAAGCUCAACAAAUCUUGAUAAUACAACCCCCCCCCAAAAAAAAACCCUGAACAACUCUGGACAAUCCCUCCCCAAGCUCUUAGUGGCUCUUAGUACAGCCCUCUAGUGAACCUUCUGGGAAAAGUGUAUUUCCAAGAUUUGAUGGCUCAUAACUACUUUUUUUGAAGUAAUACCAGUGCUUUUUUUCUGUGGGGACGCAGGGGGACGCAUACCCCUAAACAUUUUGUGAAUUUAAUGGGAGGGGAAAAAUCCCUGUAUUCAUUUCCCCCAAUUAUAACUAUUUCCCCUGAUGGUGAUUUUCUUGAGUCAAAAUGAGAGUAUCACUAAACAUUUUUUAAGGAAAAAAAGUACUGAAUUUUACCAUAAAAUUAUAUAUCAAUGGAAAGGGUUACAUUAACCCUAACAUAUGAGGGUUUUUUCCUAAACUAAAACAUCAGAAUUCAGGUUAAUUUGCCUUGUUGGCACUUUGUGAUAAAUAAGUGGGUUUUGGGUUGCAGUUUGGGCACUCGGUCUCUAAAAGGUUUGCCACCACUGAUCUAGGAGAAGUAAAAUUCUGGUCCUAAAUCUUGGCUGCCUUUCAGCAUACCGGGUAUCUUCAGAAAAGAAGAGGCUAAGGAGUAAAGCCUACACAAACCGGAAGUGGAGUCCCUAAUGCUGUUGGAUGGAGUCUUGUAUGCCUCCUUCCGGCAACUCAUGCAUCUGAGCUGGUGACAAACAUAUUGCUCUGCCUUUCUUUGGACCACAUCAGCAAGACCAAGAGAGGGGUCUGUCCUAUUUUCUGGGCAGCCCAGGACUGCCAUACACAUUGCCCAGGUUUGCACCCGGGGAAGUCACUUUGGUGCUGCUAAGGCAGCAGUUUGACUUCGCACCCCCCCCCCCAGGUGCAUCCCAUUGUCUCUUGAGACAGACAGAUGCCAACAACAAGUCCUUGACUGUCGUUUUCCCAUUUCCUUCUCCAUUGAAUAUGCAUGCAUCCACUUUUCUAACAAGAGAAUAAAGUUUGCCUAUUGCUGUCAAAAAAAUACCACCCACAAGCAGUCUUUAAUUAAAGAAGUUAUUCAAACAUAAAGUUGUUAAUCAGGAAUAUU